AUGUUCAAGUUUGGUGUCGUGUUGUGUUGCCUGAUGGCUGUCAGCUGGGCCAUGCCUGCCGCAGAGCUAUCGCAAGCGAUUGAAACACCGAAUAAUCCUGCGGUGCUCCUGGUGCAGACUGAAGAUGACGGUGUAAACGAUUUGGUUGGCGCUGAAACGGCUCACCAUGGCGGUGGUUUCGGAGGUUACGGCGGUGGUUUCGGCGGUGGCUACGGUGGAGGAUUUGGAGGAUAUGGUGGUGGAUUCGGCGGCUAUGGUGGUGGCUUUGGAGGAUACGGUGGCUAUGGUGGAUACGGGGGUGGCUUUGGUGGAUACGGUGGACAUGGACAUCACCACCAUCAUCACCACGGAUAA